AUGGAUCAGUUAGAACAAUAUUACAGAGAUCAGAUGGAUGAGUUUCAUGCACUUAAGGCAAUUUAUCCAGAUAUCUUGGUUGAUUUGACUCCGAAGACAUCUGCAUGGAACCAGAAGCCUCAUCCGAAGUUUGAGAUCACACUUUCAUCCGACAGUGAAAAAGAGCCGGUGUUAUCAUUGCUAGUAAGUGUAGAAUUUACCGCAACAUAUCCUCAAUCAGCACCUAUCAUUAAGUUUAAAGAGCCCAAGAACAUCAUGGGCUCGCAGAUGGACAGCAUAAAGCGGCAAUGUAAUCAGAUAUUGAAGGACGAAAAGGGGCAGCCGGCAAUAUAUUCUAUAACUUCGACAAUUCAAGAGUACAUAGAUGAAAUACAGGAAAGUGCCAGGACAGAGUCUUUGGAGGAGGAGCGCGUGAAUCGGCUUGAGUUGGAAAAACGGAGGCUGGAACAGAAGCAGAAGAGAGAAGAGCAGGAAUUUGAACAGGAAAGGGCCAAAGAACAGGAAAUGCUCGAUCAUAUGGUUGAAAGAGAGCUGAAAAGAAGAAAUAAUGAGGGAAGACCGGGCUCUUCCGACCAAUCAGUUAAAGAAAGCUCCACAAUUACGACAGACGAUGAAUCGCUUGUCCCCACACAGGAGGAGCUUCAAAGUGCCGGGUCGUACUACUACAUAUUCGAUAAACCGAUCAGAGUGGAAAUGCAGUAUGUACAAUUUCAGUUUAGAACAGUGACCGGGUUUGUUCCAAUCCAGCCGACGGGUCUUUUGAAGGCGAUUUCCAAGCAGUUCAUUGUGAGGCCGUACGUAAGGAAGGGGUCGGCGUCGGAUAAACUUCUCCGGUCGGCAGAACUUAAGCGAAAGGUCUCCAAUAGGGCACAUGGCCAUGCUGGGCAUGACCUAAGGAAGAAUAUGGAGUAUCUGUUGACUGAGGUGGAGCUAACAAACCCAUUCUGGAACACCUCGCAUGGCAAAAAGAUGAUGCUUACAUUAGAGAAGGAGUUGCAGGCAGUAAUGAGGUUGAAGCACGAGAAUAUCGACCAGGUAUACGCAUUUAGCAUUGAGAAGUUGCAGGUGAACCCAGAGGGAAAUAUCACGAUGAGAAACUCAUCCUCUAGAAAGGUGUCGAAGAAGAUUGUGGCAAAGGAUGCGGACAUGACCAUCUGGAAAAUACGGAUUCUUAGUGGCUACUGCCAAUCGUUAGGGUCACUUCUUUCGACGGUGGCAUUUGUUAACAUUAACACUGCCCGGGAGUGGGCCAUCCAGCUUCUUGAGAGUCUGGAAUACUUGCACAAGAAUGGUCUUAUGCACAGAUGCAUCACCUUGGACUCUAUAUUGAUGGCUGAGCAUGGGGGAUGA